CCUGGGAGUGCAUUCUGACGAAGACAACAAAAGCUCUGAAAGUCAAGGCUACAGAGCUGAAUGAGACUCUGGGCAGGAACGGAGCUCCAGAGAAGAGCCUGAAUGAGAUGCACCAGGAGAUUGAGACCAUGGUAGCCGAGCUCCGCAAACACCAGCUGGGAGGCAAGAACCACAUCUCAGAGGAGGAGCUGGGACUGGCAGAGGCCCUGUACCAGAAGGUGAAGCGUCUCUUUGGGGACCCUCACCAGGCUACGGAGGACCUGAAGGCUGAGGUGACAGAGAUGGGUGACCACCGGGCCAAGCUGGACGAGGCCCAGGCCCUGCUGAAGGAUGCCCAGGGGAAGAGCAGGGAGGCUGGGGCCCUGUCUGGACAGAACCAGCGCAACCUCACUGCCCUGGAGAGAAAGAGGGAUUCUUUGAGCUCAGUGAAGAAAGGAACUGAAGACGUGCUGGAAGACAUUCUGGCUGAAGCCAACGGGCUCUCAGACAACAUCAAUAAGGAGAUUGAGGAUCUGGAGGAGAUGGAGCAUGAGCUGGGUUCUCUCCAUGAGCACCUGGAUUACAGAGUGAGCCGUCUGACCAAGGGCCUGAGUGACAACACCCUGACUGACCUGCUGCAGGACGCUAAGAACCAUGCUGCCCAGCUCAACGAGUCCUCUGCAUCCUGGACAGCAUCCUGGCGGAAGCCAAGAACCUGUCCUUUAACGCCACGGCAGCAUUCAACAGCAACAUCAAGGACUUCAUCGAGGAGGCUGACAAAGAGGCAAAGCAGGCCAGGGCACGCGGGACAGAGGCCCUUCAGCUGGCCUCAGGACCUAAAGGCUCUUUGAAGAAUAACGCCAAGAACUCUGUUCAGAGGAGCGUUCAACUGUGGAACGAAGCCAAUAAGUUAGGGAGUGAUGUGAACGAGAAUGCUGAGAGUGUGGGCAGUCUCCAGGCCCGGGUGACAGCUGGUGGCUUGAAGAACAAGGGCUUGCUGAAAGAUCUCGACAAUACAUUAGGGAAGCUGAAUGCAAUCCCCAAUGAUACAGCAGCUAAGCUACAGGCCACCAAGUCCAAGGCAGGAGGUGCCAAAAACACAGCCAACAAUGUGCUGUCCAGAAUGAGAGACAUGAACCUGAUGGGCCUGCAAGCUGGAGGAUGACGUCAACAAGGCUAACAUGAUCCAGGAUCCUGAGGAAAAACAUCCAUGCAGCGAGGCCCAAGGUGAAGGACCUGAAAGACAAGGCAAACAGACUGCUGGAGAAACUGAAGCCCAUCCAGGAGCUGAAGGACAACUUGAAGAAAAAUAUCUCCCAGAUUAAAGAGUUGAUCAACCAGGCGCGCAAGCAGGCCAACUCUAUGUUACAAACACCGCUGUAGCUCAGCUUCCGUCCACCUCACAGACUAACAGCGGGCAUCUACGGAUUCAGUGGAAAUAGACACAUCCAAUAGAAGAUCCCUGAGCGUUCUGUGGGCUUUUUAAGUGCUCUCUGUCUGGUGAUCUAUGUGAUUAAAGUGUCUGUGUCCUCCGGGGGAGACCGUGUCUGUGCAUAUGGACCAGAAAUCAAGAAGGGUCGCUACAACACCAUCAGUGUGAAUGUGAAGACCACCUCCCCUGAUAACCGACUCUUCUACCUGGGCAGUGCCAAAUGCAUUGACUUCCUGGCAAUUGAGAUGCGUAAGGGUAAGGUCAACUUCCUGUGGGAUGUGGGCUCCGGAGUGGGUAAGGUGGAGUACCCUGACACGACUAUAAACUACGGCAACUGGCAUCGCAUCGAGGCCUCACGGAAUGGCAUUAAUGGCACCAUCUCUGUCCAUGCACUGGAGGGUCCCAGAGCUGGCAUCAUGCCCACCUCUAAGAGUGGCACCUCCCCUGAAAGCUAAACUAUCCUGGAUGUGGACCAGAAUGCCUACCUGUUUGUCGGUGGCAUAUUGGGCAGUGUGAAGGGAGCUGAUAUCACUUUGUCAUACUGUAGUUUAUCACGGAGCCAUUUAGUCAUUUUUACCCAUUUCUAUUUUGGUAGAUACAAUGGUAUUCACUAUGUGUUUCGUUGUUUGUCUUGUAGAAAGCGGACGUGGUUAAAACCACUACUUUCUCCGGGUGUUUGGGAGUGACAUACCUGGACAACAAACCUAUCGGCCUGUGGAACUACAGAGAGAGAGAAGGAGACUGCAAAGGAUGUGUGGAUAAGACCUGAGCCCUAGGACCAUGCCUCAGGACUACCUGGUAUGAUGACUCCUUGCUGUCCCC